CGACAUCAUCCCCCAGUCACAGCCAGGCAUCUAGGUUCCUUGACCCCCUGGUCUUGUUUAGCCUCCUCCGACUGUCAACUCGGCAGGGUCGGUUCGUCAACUGGCUCAAAAUCUACCUGCGUCUGGCCCGCCCAAGCCCGCCCACCCCCGGCAGACCGUCUUUUGUGCCUUGGGGUUUGAGGCUGUCGGUCCCAGAUUUGCGCUCGACUUGAAGUCGACAUCAUACUUGUCCAAGAAUCGAUCCGUUCGCUCACCAAAUUUGCGCCUUUCUUCCCUCAAUCCCCAGCUCUCCCACAGUCCCGAGCGCGUACCUUUGCAUCGCUCACGCUGCCCUUGCUUCUCACUGUGCAAUACAAUUCGUUUCGACCAGCGUCGCGUCUGUGCUCCCCCACCGCUGUCCGUCUCCCAGGUACCGAAAGAGCUUGUCGAAUCUCCAUCUCGUCUCUGCCCAACUGCUGAUCCUACCGCGUCACCGGGGCCCGGGCUGGCUGGAAGAGUCUACUCGACAUCUCGUUUCUCUCUUCCUGUCUCUCUACCUCUCUCAAACCUCACUCACUUCUCACUGACGGGUACGUACUCAAGCAUGGAUCCAGCACCUCCCGAUAGUAAACGUCCGCGCCUCUCUUCGUGGCCUGUCGGUACACCUCAACAAGGAGUAUCACUACCACAUCCUCACGCUCAUCAACUUCCACCACCGCCUCCGCCUCCGCCCGGCGCUCUACAUCACCCUCAUCCUCCCCCGAGCCCGUAUCAGCAUUAUCCUCCACGACCUAUCGAGCAUUCUUCAGCUCCACCGACGCCUUCUCACGCUGCGCCAGCGCAACCGCAUCACGAAUCCGAUCGUCGCCAUCAUGAGCCAGAGCCUUAUCCUCCUGUUCAAGAAUACCACCGGCAGCAACACCCACAUCAACAUCCACCGCAACAUCCACACCAGCACCCGCAGCAACAUCCGCAUCCGCAACAGCACCCGUCUCUGCCUCCAUCGCCGGCGCAUCCAGCGCAUCACCCGUACCCGCCCUACGGCCCAAGAGAUCCUCCGAUAAAACGAGACCCUGCCAAGGAUCAACGCCGACCUAAUUCGACGGGCCAUGCGCCCGAGGGGAUGUCGUCCACACCACAUCUCCCGCCGACUUCACUUCCACCACCACCGCCUCCUGGCGCAUACUCGGAUAACUCGCGACACAUGAAUUACGAUAGCGCGCCUUCCAUGCCCCCGACUCCGGGUGGCUAUCGUGCGCCCAGCUACCCUCCACCCACCCCUGUACCUCAUCAAGCAUCUUACGAGCAACAUGGAUAUUCCUCAGGCCACGAGCCAUUCUAUAGUGUGUAUUCGUCGUCUGUACCCGCCAAGAAGAAGAACACGCGAGCUUCCCAGUUGAAGGCUAAGUGUGAUGAGACAAAGCCAUGCAAAACUUGUAAAGAAAAGGGCGUGGAGUGCAAAUACCGUGACCCCGUUCCUAAAGCCACGGAUAAGGCUCAAGCCGACAUUCUAGAUGGUCUCAGCACCGUCCAGACCACACUCAAUUCGAUCAUUUCUCAUUUGGGACGGGUUGAUCAAAGGAUGAUCAAGAUGGAGUCGGUUCUGCCAAAACAUCUUCUGGCAUCAACGCUCAAAACCGAACCAACCGUUGAAGAAGAGUUCAAACGAGCGCCAGCAUCGCCUUAUGUGGCCAACGGCGCUUCUGCCGACCCCUACUAUGCCGAUGCUCACCGCGAUCACCCCUCAUCGGAAUCUAUGCCACUUCGUAUGAUGGCUGAAGAUGAGAUGGAGGUGGAGCCCGGUCCGCCCGUACCUCCUGGAGAGCCUGCUAUUCCUAUUAAUCACACGACAUUGGCCGGACUACUUUUAGAAUGGCCGUCUGUUCGUGAGCUGACAAAACAUCACAUCGAGCGAGAGGGUAUUCGAUAUAUCAGCGAGUAUCCCAUCAGCCAGGAGCAAAACCGCGGAGUCCUGAUUGUUUAUGGACGAGGCGAAGAUUCUCACCCUUCGCGACACGUCCGGGAACCGACCGACCAUGGCAACCUGGAUAUGGCUGACGAUUCAUCCGAUAUGGCAUCUCCUUCACCGGCGGCCGAUUGGGGUCAACUAGGUGGACUCAGUCCUCCCGAUCAAGUGGAAUACAAGGGCGGCGUCCUGGCAUUUGACGGAAACCCUGACUUCUCAGAGUCGAAAGUGUGGGCGUAUGUCGAGAGUUUCAAAGAAAACAUCCUUAACAUGCACCCUAUCAUACAGCCCAAGCUACUAGAUUACUGGGUCAGGCACUUUCUUGAUAAUCUCCCAGCCUCACACCCACGAUCCGCAAAGCCACAAGCAUCCAAGCCUACGUUUGCUGUUGGGGGAGGUUCACAGACGCCAGAAGCUGCAGGCUCAAAAAGGAAACGAUCGCCAGGGCCGGAUGGUUCCGAGCCACCCACACCCGCGCCACAACGUGCUGGCCGACCAGAUCGGUCCAUCCACAGCGCUCUAGUCCUCACCGUUCUGGCCUUGGGUAAGGUUUGCCUUCACCGUGAGAACGUACCUGAUGUCGUCCACCCUACCGAACAGCUUCCCCAUGGUAGCCCGGCCAUUCGCAACGGAGCCAUCCCGCCUUCACCCAACCAAGGCUCUCCUCCGGGAUACUCAUCCCACUCGCACUCUUCAGGCCUGCCAUCCCCUAAGGAGCAAGAAAGAAACGUACACAGUCGUCGAUCAUCCAUUCAUGGCGUGGGCGGCUUCCGCUCCGGCUUUAGCUUGAAAAAGAACUAUGAGGUGAUACCGGGUUUAGAGUAUUUUGCAUAUGCCACUGAUAUUCUUGGAAACCAUCUUGGCGCGUAUAACAACAUGAAGAAUGUUUAUGCCAACAUCUUCGCUGGGUUAUAUCACGGUCAGCUGGGCAGACCGAUGGAAAGUUUUGCCUUCAUUCACAAAGCCAGCCACAAGCUGCAGGUCAUCAUGAGACCGAGCUUAGAUAAGAUGAGACGAAUUAAGCGGAACAGCGAAUUCAUCCAGGAGACUAAGUACAACCAGCUUGCUCUGACUUUCUGGACCUGUCUGCAGCUUGAGAGUGAUCUCAUUGCUGAAAUGCAACUUCCACCAUCUGGACUGCUAUCUUAUGAAGACGACAUGCCGCACCCCAACAUGAGUCUCUUGGAAGGCUUCAACCAACGCAUUCUAGACAGCUACCCAGGCCAAUUGUAUCUGAGAACCCACUUGAACAGCAUACAUCGGAUGUUCUAUGCACCCGAAGACCCCGGAAAAGGAGGCAAGGAUAAGUUCAGAAAUGUGGGUGUCGUAUCUGACGCUGUUUCUGGCAUGCACUGGGUCGCACCAAGCUUCGCAUUUCGAGAGGAUGACCCACCAGCCGACGAUAUCUUGGCUGCAAGAUUGCGGGCGAAGUACUGGGGCGCUCAGGUUAUUACCUAUCGCCCCUUUAUCCGACAGAUUCUCCAGUUCUCGCACUCGAUCAAAAAUCAUGCUUCGAGUCCUAACUUCCCUAGCGUCAGCUCGGAAUUUCGACAAGACGUCACUGCGCCUGUCAUUCACCCUAAGGCCAGGACGAUUGGAGACAUUGAUCCCCAAGUGGUUGAGCUGGCUAAGAAAGGCAUUAAGGCACUUAUUGAGAGUACCCGCGCCUUCCAUGGCUUAGGAGACAAGAGGCCGAUCAUCACCAAUAUCUUCGGCACUGCCCAUGCUCAAUGGGGCAACCUCUUGGUUCUUUCGGCUGCUUUCCGCGACCCUGUGCUUCACAGCUAUGUGGACGAGGAAUUGCUGCGAACUUUGUUCCAUAAAACAAUCCAGUUCUUGCGACAGUCGGCAACAGCAACGAGUGCACUCCGAACAGACAUGCACAUUCUUGAGGGCCUUCAGAGAGAUCUGUUCAGCUAUGAUCCCAGGACUAACUCGAGCUUCUCGAGCGGCACAAGCGCGCCUGGUUAUCACACCCCAAGACCCGUUGCCAUGGCUGCACCUCCCCAGAUGCCUCAUUCGAUGAGCGAUCAAGGACACCCACGUUCCAUGCCUCAUCAUCUCCAGAUGACAUCGCAUGGGCAGUAG